GGCUGAGCCGUCAACACGCAAUUAAAUCAGCUUUACGGUAAGCAGGACCGAGAGCGUUUCAGAAAAUAUUAGCGAUAAGGGAGUAUUUGUUUGUCCGGUGGAAAUCAACAGGAUCUGAAGAUGAUCGAGGUGGUUUGCAACGAUCGACUGGGCAAGAAAGUCCGGGUCAAGUGCAACUCAGAGGAUACCAUUGGAGAUCUGAAGAAGCUGAUUGCAGCCCAGACAGGAACACGAUACGACAAGAUCGUAUUAAAGAAAUGGUACACCAUAUUUAAAGACCACGUGUCACUGGGUGACUAUGAAAUCCACGAUGGGAUGAACCUGGAGCUGUACUACCAGUAGACCAGAGAUGGAAUACAAGUCAAAGGUGUACAUACAGACCUUUUCCUUACAACACACACACAACCACACACACACACACACACACACACAGAUGGAAGUAAUGGAAUCGGUCGCAGGAAACCACCACAUCAGAGUGACAGACAGGCGAAGCAGAACACACAUUGACUAAGCUUAGUUGUUCAUUUUUGCCCACAGAUUUGUGUGAAAGACAUGUUGUUUUACAAUAAUUUUUGUUUUGAUAUUUUGGAAAUAAAGCUGAUGUUUACCUACCUGUA